AGACAGCGAACAUUUCCAACCAUGAAAGUUCUCGUAAGCGUACUCCUGCUGUGCUGCGCAGUAGCCAUCCAUGCUGCUCCUCGAAUUGUCGGAGGUAGCGAUGCCCCCGAUGGAAAAUACCCUUACCAGGUGUCCCUGCAAUUGUACGGCACGCAUUUCUGCGGAGGUUCGAUCCUCAACAAGCGCUGGAUCCUGACUGCUGCUCACUGCCUCAUAUACACAAAGCUCGAAUCCAUCGAAGUCCACGCUGGAACCAACAAGCUAACCGGUGGCAAUGACCAGGUAUACCAGGUCGAUUACGUCACCUAUCACAAGGAAUUCAGCAUGAAGCUCCUGACCCACGACAUCGGUCUGAUCCGCGUCAACAAGGACAUCGCAUUCAACAAAAAGGUCCAGCCCAUCAGUCUGCCCACUCACGACGUCUCCAAAGUUGACACUCCCGUUGUCUUGACCGGAUGGGGUUCGACCAAGUUGGGUGGUGCCUCGCCGAACAAUCUUCAACAACUGCAUCUGAAAAUCGUGAGCAAGGAAAGCUGCAGCAAGGUUUGGAACUCUGAGUACCCUAUCACGGAGUCCCACAUCUGCACUCUGACCAAGGCUGGAGAGGGCGCUUGCCACACUGACUCUGGCGGUCCUCUUGUCGCUGACAACGUUCAAGUUGGAAUCGUCUCUUUCGGUCAUCCAUGCGCUCAGGGCAAGCCCGAUGUUUUCACCAGAGUUUUCACUUUCCUUGACUGGAUCAAGGAAGAGCAAGCUAAGGCUAAUUAAAUGACUGAACUUUAUGAAAAUUCGCUAUCAUUGUCAUUUAUUUAAUGUUAUGUUCGUAAAAUAAAUAAUUGUAAUUUUUUUUUUAAAUAUAACUAUAUAUUAUUAUGCAUCACGAA